UUUCCUUACUCUUUUUAUUAAUAGAAGGUAAACCCUGCAAACCAAUCUUGCAAUCUCAACAUCUCUCUCCCUUUGUCUCAGUCAAAGUGAGUGUGAAUUCUGAAUAUGUCACCACCAAACCAAGAAACGAUGCAAGAAAUGCCAAAUAUGCCAAAUAUGCAGAUGAGCUUCUAUUGGGGGAAACAUGGUACUGUACUUUUCUCUGGCUGGCCAAAAAGUGGUGGCAUGUACACAUUGGCACUCUUCUUUGUGUUCUUCUUAUCAAUGGCAAUUGAGAUUCUCUCCAACCAGCCGCCAAUACGGCGCGGGGCUAGACCGGCUUCUGGGGUAACGGCUCAGGCCGUUGUGUACUUCUUCCGAAUCAGCUUCAUCUACUUGGUCAUGCUUGCUGUCAUGUCCUUCAAUGGAGGAAUCUUCAUAGCUGCUAUUCUUGGUCACUCCUUGGGAUUCUUCUUAGCCAAGUUUCGAGCUGUUGCCAUGGCCAACAGGGAACCCUCUGAUCUUGAACAAAAAGUUUGAAAAGAAAGUUUGUAUGCUUGAUUGGAUUGUGUGCUCAUAUUUUUCUGGAAGGAUUUUUAAUUUUCUGUUGUUAUAUACUAGAAAACUUGAGUGGUAAUAAUUACUCGUGUUAUUGUUAAAUAAAUUUUGAAUCUACCUCUUUGUUACAGCCUCUUUUUUUUAUCUAAAUUUUCAGCUUGAGGAUAAGGCGCUCCAACUCUUUGGAUUAAGGAGCUGCAAUAAUAUAUUUGUACAUCUAAAAAGAUAAAUCUCUCAACACUUCUCUGUUUCUUUGA